GGCUCACCUAUAAGUAACUUCUCGUCUCCUGCUCUUGCGGCUGGAGCGUUUUAGCCUUCACCACCUCCAGUCAGCACCACCUUACGUGUCAAUUGUGUCUUACCUGCUUCGGUACAACCACAAUCGUUCAAGAUGAAGUUCAGCGCUGCCGUCUUUGGCCUUGGCCUCGCCUCGUUCACUCUGGCCCAGUCCGAAUCUGCCGGUCCUUCUCCUACUGAGUCCGUCGGCUGCGAGCCUCAUGGCGACCACUGGCACUGCGAAGCUCACGUCAGCGAGACUGGCGCCAUGGCCUCUGCUACCGGUGACCACGACCACGAGGAGGAGCACGACCAUGAUCACGAGCACUCCGAUGAGGAGCACUCUGAUGAAGAAAUUGAGGCUGCCGGCCCCUCGCCCACCGAGUCCGUCGGUUGCGAGCCUCACGGCGACCACUGGCACUGCGAGGGUCCUGUUGAGACUGCCACAGCCACAGCCUCUGCCACCGUGACCGAGUCUCUCCCACCCUCGCCCACCGCCUCGGUUGGCUGCGAGCCUCACGGCGACCACUGGCACUGCGAGGGCCCAGUUGAGGCUGAGGAGACUUCCAGCGCAACGGAGACUCCUGGCGCGGAGGAGAGCGAGGGACCCGAUGGCGGCAAUGCCGGUCUUGCCAACAUCGUCCCCCUUGUUGGCGCCAUCGCCGCUGCUGCCAUGGCUCUGUAGUCUUUUCAGCAGAUGGAAACGACUCGUGGGCAUAGCUCGCGACCCAGCAGUUUAUUUCAAUUCUUAGGACACAAUAAUUGUACAAAACACCAUUUCAGAAACCGCUAAUAGAGGGAAUAUGCUGGUAUUCCCUUCUACUCUGA